CACAAGAAUCUCAAGAUCAUCAGUACCAGAAAUAUUGUCUGACAUAUCUUGAUUGGUAAUUUGCGCUGUUUCCUUGCCAGUCCAUCAUAAAUGUGCGAGUUCUGUUCGAGUAGAAGUCAGCGCUUCAGCUUACAAACUUAAUUAUUUAUUUUGCAAUAAUAAUUGGCAGCUUUGGAUCGGCCAAUUAAUUGAUGGUUGGCUUGUUCAGCAGUUCAACUUUGAACAGACGCGAUAGUGGUUUUCCUUGUGAUGUGACUUAAAAAAAAACUUUAUUGGAUUCUGGUACGAGUUAAGAACGGUGAAGAAAGCAAAGAAGUUAAGGAAAUAUACAGAAAAUGAUACACUGCCCAAAUUAUCAGAUGCACUUGAAGUAGGCGGUAGCCAAUCGUCUCAAAGUGAUUUUCCUUUGAAGCAAAUUAUAACUUUUGAAACAUUAUCAAUAAUUAAAAAGCCCUCAUAACAUACGCAUUUAAAAAUAAUUGAUUUAAUUGGAAAAAUUACUACGAGUUUUCGCGUUUAGAGACGCUACACGACAGUGUUCCUGCGUUUUCGAAAACAUGUUCAUCCCACCUGUGAUAAUAUUCUUAGUUCUACUAAUCGCGAAUAAUCCCUGCUGUGGAUUUAGACGAUACUACCCACGAAAUGUGGACACUAAUCAGUACCCAGUGCAAAGCCCCUGCCCGUCGAUAUUUCGAUAUGGAACUGACCAGAAUGGAAAUUUGAUAGGAAAUAUCCAAGUUGAUCAACCUGGUGCUGCAGGAAGAAUCACUUUAGAGGUGGAAUUGUCCGUCGGCAACACCGUGCAGGAUUACAAUGGAAAAAUAGUCUUAGCCGAAGAUAGAGAAAAAGUCAUCAAUGAUAUCAUGAGCAGAAAGCCGAUUUUGUACAAAGUGCUGUUCCCUGCAUGGCAAAACUAUCCGCCAGCAGUUACAAAAAUUGUGGUAAAUGGAAAUCAGAUUUGCAGUGGACCGAGAAUCCCAAUUCAAUUGGUGCCAGUUUUAACAAUGAUUACCCUUCAGCACAAGCUCACCUUGGGCAUAACGCCGCUGAUCUCAUCUUCUGAUCCUACAGUGGACAGCUCGACCUUAUUCAACAACUUACCGGAGGCAUCGAGUUCACAAGGUAACGAAUACGUAUUCGAUGUGCGAGUGGAAAAUUUUCCAAAUAACAUCUACAGUGGCAAUUUUAACAGACGCCCCGACUUUAAUCCGUUCUUCAACCCUCACAAUCGGUACGGUUUUAAUCCAGAUGGCCCGCCGCCGCCGCCGCCUAAUGGGCGGCCUCCGCCUCCACCUCCCAAUGAUCACAGACCGCCGCCACCUCCAUACGAUGGCCGACCUCCUCCAUACGAUGGCCGACCGCCUCCAUACGAUGGUCGACCUCCUCCACCUCCUCCUCGGCCAAAUUACCAAGGCCAAAUCAACCCUCAAAACCCGUUCUUCACUGGCUUGUCCACACCGCAACCUUCAAGGGGAGACGCUGAAUCACAAGGCAACAACAAUCCGUUCUUGGUCAGUCCAGUUAUCCAACCGACUACAGUUAAGACGGAGCUUACAAGUGGCACAACUAACAAGAAUGUGGACGAAAUAUGUGGAAGGCCUUUGACAACUAAUUCUCUGAUCGUUAAUGGAGCCACAGUUGCAAGAGGCGCUUAUCCUUGGCUGGUAGCAAUUUUCAAGCAAAUGAACUACGGCCAGUACGGCCUCAGCUACAUUUGCAGCGGAUCGCUGAUAUCAGACCGACAUGUAGUCACAGCUGCUCAUUGCGUGAAGCAGGAGACCACGCGAGCUAAAGCCAGCGAAAUUGUUUGCUUCCUUGGGAAACUAAAUAUUAGGAUGUGGGCAACUGCUCCAGAUGAGCGGAGUGUUCAGCCCGAUUCAAUAACAGUCCAUUCAGAUUACAAACCCGGCUCGGCAGACGCAGAUAUUGCCGUCAUAACUUUUCUAGAUCCAAUUCAAUUUACCAGAAUGAUAAUGCCCUUAUGCUUAUGGCAAGGAGACACUGAUUUGAACAAAGUUGUUGGUGAUAUCGGAUCGGUUGUCGGUUGGGGAAGAGAUGAAAACGGCGAUAUCAGCACUGCAGAGCCCCGACUGGUGAAUAUGCCCAUUGUAGAUCAUCUGCAGUGUCUGAAAGGCGGUAGCUCGUCCACAGUUCAUGCCCUGGUUGAUAUUGUGUCCCAAAACACUUUCUGCGCUGGUUUUCGAAAUGGUUCCGGUCCUUGUAACGGCGACAGCGGUUCCGCGUUCCUUUUGCGAAAAAACGGCGUAUUUUAUUUAAGAGGAAUCGUUUCGACAGCGUUGUCCGAAGCUACUCACAGAUCUUGCAAUUUACAAGAAUACGUCGUCUUCACCGAUGCAAGCAAAUACAAAGACUGGUUACUAAACAUUAUGAAAAUAAAACCGACUUAAUGUAAA